GAGGCAGCAAAGGCCAUGACAGAAGCCUGGGAUGUGGCCGUGUUUGCUGCCCGGCGGCGCAAUGAUGAUGAUGAUACUACGAGGGACAGCGUAUUCACUUACACCAACAGCAACAAUACCCGGGGCCCUUUUGAAGGUCCAAAUUAUCACAUUGCACCACGUUGGGUCUACAACAUCACUUCUCUCUGGAUGAUCUUUGUGGUUAUUGCCUCAGUCUUCACCAAUGGUUUGGUAUUGGUAGCCACUGCCAAAUUCAAGAAGCUACGGCAUCCACUCAACUGGAUUCUGGUGAACUUGGCAAUAGCUGAUCUGGGUGAGACCGUCAUUGCCAGCACCAUCAGUGUCAUCAACCAGAUUUCUGGCUAUUUCAUCCUUGGCCAUCCCAUGUGCGUUUUGGAGGGAUACACUGUGUCUGCUUGUGGCAUCACUGCCCUCUGGUCUUUGGCCAUUAUCUCCUGGGAGCGCUGGGUCGUUGUCUGCAAGCCUUUUGGAAAUGUCAAGUUUGAUGCCAAACUGGCUAUGGCUGGCAUUGUCUUCUCCUGGGUGUGGUCCUGUGUCUGGACAGCACCACCCAUUUUUGGCUGGAGUAGGUACUGGCCCCAUGGUCUGAAGACAUCAUGUGGUCCAGAUGUGUUCAGCGGCAGCGAUGACCCUGGUGUUCAGUCUUACAUGGUUGUCCUCAUGAUCACCUGUUGCUUCAUUCCACUGGCUGUCAUUAUCCUCUGCUACCUGCAAGUGUGGUUGGCUAUUCGUGCGGUUGCUGCCCAGCAGAAAGAGUCAGAAUCUACACAGAAGGCUGAAAGGGAAGUGUCAAGGAUGGUGGUUGUCAUGAUCAUUGCCUAUUGCUUCUGCUGGGGACCAUACACGGUCUUUGCCUGUUUUGCUGCUGCCAACCCAGGCUAUGCCUUCCACCCCCUUGCAGCUGCUCUGCCAGCCUACUUUGCAAAGAGCGCCACCAUUUACAACCCAAUUAUCUAUGUCUUCAUGAACAGACAGUUCCGUAACUGCAUAUUGCAACUCUUUGGCAAGAAGGUGGAUGAUGGCUCUGAAUUAUCUUCCACUUCCCGUACUGAGGUCUCCUCGGUCUCGAAUUCCUCUGUAUCACCGGCAUAAGAGUUCCCUGCUUGAAUGGACACCGAGACAGGACUUUGCCUCCCAGGAGAGCCCCAGUGAGAACCCCCCCUCCCUCCUGCACUGUAUGGAUUCCCUUUGAGCAUAUGAAAUGCUGGCUUGCCAUCUCCACAGACCAUCUCCUUUGGACUUAGACUGUACCCCUCAUGGGGUGCUGCUGUUUUUCUUGUGGUUGUGGGAGGGAAAUGUUUAUGUUUGCUCCUCAGAACUGCUUUUGGAUGGGGGCAAAGGGCACAGAAUUCCAUAGUUAAAUAUCCCAUCUUCCUGCAGCUUUCCUGGGUCAUCGGGUGUCACCUGAACACUCUUUCCUGGCCAUUGUGAUCAUUGAUUAGUUUCCCACUUGUCCUUCUGUCUCUCCAGAGGGGACAGAACAAAGGGGGUUCCCUGUGGAAAGCAUAUAGCUUUUGUAAAGCAAGUCUAUCCAAGGCCCUCUCGGUACUGAAACUGCCCCAGAAUUCACAUUUGCCCCAGUGCACUCCAUCCCGUGGAGGGGUGGACAAAUGGAUGUGUCUCCAGAGAGACAGAAUCCACUGUCUGGCCUCGUGGGCUCUUUUCUGAUUCCUUUUGCUCUGCCCCUCCUAUGAAGUUUUCACUGGAGCCAGGGAGUGCAUUGAAGGGGGACUCCUGGAAUAAUAAAUUGUGUCCCUCCAAGGUGCCAGUGCCUCAGCAAGGUUGGAUGUCUUGUUGGAUUCUAGUUCUGUCAAGAGGCUGCAAUUCUGACAUGGGGCAGAACCACUGAGAAUCAGCAGGAGUCAACCUGGACAUCCCAGGGGCUCUGUGCUUCUCCCCAGCAUGGCUCAACUGGAACCACUCUGUACAUAAUGUUUGAUACUAAAGCCUAGUGUGUCCCUGGGACAUCUAGCUAGAAACGCAAUGGGGAAAAAAAGAAAAAAAAACCAACA